AUGCGUGUGGUCGUGGGGUGGCGUGGGGGAAGUCGAAGCGAUCUAGGUUUACAAUAUGACAACCGCAGCCAGACCCACAUGGGCACCUGCCAAAGGGACAUUGCCUCUCACACUACCUUGAAACCUAGAAAAGAAGGACAAGACACACAAGAUGAGCUACAAAGGAGGAAUCUUAGAGAUGAAUUGGAGGAGCGGGAGAGGAGACAUUUUUCAUCGAAGGAGGAUAGAGAUCGUAGAAGAGGAGGUCACCUUCUUUUAGAAGGUUCUAAGAGAGAAGUUGAAGAUCGUAUUGUUCCACAUAAUGUGGAUGCGGAUGAUGCCGAUGUGGGUGUCAAAAGUGAUGAUAGUGAGGAUGACGAUGACGAUGAUGAUGGGGAUGAUGAAGAAGCACUUUUGGCUGAACUUGAACUUAUAAGGAAGGAAAAAGCUGAGCAGAAACUACGAGAAGAACGGCAGAAGCAAGAAGAAGAGCUGCAAGCCAAAGAGGCAGAAUUGUUGCGUGGAAAUCCCCUGCUAAAUAAUCCAGCUUCCUUUAGUGUAAAGAGAAGAUGGGAUGAUGAUGUGGUUUUCAAGAACCAGGCCCGAGGUGAGACCAAAAUUGCAAAGCGCUUUAUCAAUGAUACUAUCAGGAAUGAUUUCCACCGGAAGUUUCUCCAAAAUGGCACUGGGGUCAUAUCUAAGGAUGAGUCCGUGAAAACCUCGAAAAGUGCUUUAGAUAUACAAAAUUGUGCCCAUCUCCAGAAGUUCCUGUCUUUAAAAUUGUCUGCAGCAAUAGACAUGGUCGAUGCCAAUUCAAAAUCAGGGGGAUACAUUGUUUACUCCAUAAUGGUUGCUGAGUUAAAGAAAAUGAGCAAUUCCAAGCGAACUCCAAAUCCCCCCGAGUUGAUGGAGAGCAAUGGCCAGAACAAUGGUGAUGGAGAUAUCCACCAACGCCCGAAGAAAAGGAAGGGUGCCAAAGAGCAUAAUAAGUUGAGCAACGGGUCUACUAAGGGCUGGCGUUUUCUUUUCAUCCUCAGUUUAGACCUCUUUUAA